GUCACUGCAGAACUGAAGUUGAAGGCAGUGGAACUUACUACAAACUGAACGGAAAGAUCGGGGUCCAGGGAUGGAGACCACGGUUCAAUUUUUCAACAAAACUGCAGUUGCCCACAUUCAGACAAACAGGAAAUGAAAGCAGAGGCCUCUUCGACUCCAGCUUCAUGAUAUGUGCAAAUGCAGCCGUUAUCAUCUUGCAAAAGGAAGAAAAUAAGGAAAACAAGGAGGAAAAUAAGAACACAGGCAAUGCCCCCCCAAAAGAGACAGAAAACACAGUGCAGCCAGAUACUAAGCAACAAGAUGCAGCAGAACCUCCAGGAAAAAAACUUGAGCCCACUCAGGCUGAAAACCCAGCACAACCUGCUGGGACAACACAACAAGAAGAGAAGCAACCAGAUAAUGAGCAGGAAGAGACAGCAGACACAGAGAAUAAGCGACCAGGAACCCCCAUAAAUGAAUAUGCUCAAGCUCAGCUCCAAGAAAUUAUCAAAAAGCUGCGAGAAAGGACAGCUAUGUAUAAAGAAAAGCUGAAUGACCCGGUCAUCUCCUCCCCUGAACCGAGUCCAACAGCCACACCCAAAAAGAAGCCUCCACCAAAAGAAGAAAAGAAAGAAGAAAAAAAGGAAGAUGAGAAAAAAGCUGAAGAAGUCAAACCUGAGGAGGAGCACUACUGCAACAUGCUGUGCUGUAAAUUUAAGAGGCCACCCAUGAAAGAGUACAUGAAGAAAAUAAAACUACCAGACAGUAUAGAUGCAUACACAGAUCGUCGCUAUGUGUUAUGGCUGUUCUUGGUUACUGUUGCUUAUAACUGGAACUGUUGGUUCAUCCCACUGCGCUUAGUGUUCCCAGUUCAGACAUCAAGCAACAUGAUAUACUGGAUCGUUGUAGACAUCCUUUGUGAUAUCUGCUACAUCUGUGAUCUGCUGAUGUUUCAACCGCGAGUACAAUUCGUGAAAGGUGGAGAUAUAAUAUCGGAUCAAGUAGAAAUGAAGAAAUACUAUCGGAGUUCAUUGAAAUUUCGGCUUGAUAUGCUAUCCGUGAUUCCGUUUGAUGCCUUAUAUGUCAUAUUUGGGUUUAAAGUGAUAUUUAGAGCAAACAAGAUUGUGAAGCAUCUCACAUUCUUUGAAUUCAAUGACCGGUUAGAGGCAAUCAUGGAUAGAGCAUACAUCUACAGAGUCAUUCGUACAACUGGAUACCUAUUGUUUAUCUUACAUAUUAAUGCAUGCAUAUAUUACUGGGCCUCAACCUUCGAAGGGCUUGGCAGCACUAAAUGGGUGUAUGACGGCCAAGGGAACAUGUAUUUGAGAUGUUACUAUUGGGCAGUUCGUACUUUAAUUACUAUUGGUGGACUUCCAGAACCAGUAACCAUGUUUGAGAUUGUCUUUCAACUUCUGAAUUUUUUCUCAGGAGUGUUUGUGUUUUCCAGCUUGAUUGGUCAGAUGCGAGAUGUCAUUGGAGCAGCAACGGCUGGGCAGAACUAUUAUCGGGCCAGUAUGGAUAACACAGUCGCUUACAUGAACUCUAAUACAAUUCCCAAAAUGGUUCAGAAUCGCGUUCGAACUUGGUAUGAGUAUACGUGGGACUCACAAGGAAUGCUUGACGAAUCUGAAUUACUGGAGCAGAUGCCUGGAAAAAUGCAGCUAGCCAUUGCAAUUGAUGUGAACUUUGCCAUUGUCAAUAAAGUUGAUUUGUUCAAAGGAUGUGAUACCCAAAUGAUAUGUGACAUGCUGCUGAGACUGAAGUCCAUUGUGUAUUUACCUGGUGACUUCGUCUGCAAAAAGGGAGAAAUUGGUAGAGAGAUGUACAUCAUCAAACAAGGUGAGGUUCAAGUCCUCGGAGGUCCUGAUGGCACCAAGGUCCUAGUCACCUUGAGAGCAGGAGCUGUAUUUGGAGAGAUCAGCCUCCUAGCGGCAAGUGGAGGGAAUCGGCGAACUGCUAAUGUGGUGGCCCACGGAUUUGCCAACCUUUUUAUUCUUGACAAGAAGACACUCAAUGAAAUCUUGGUGCACUAUCCUGACUCUGAAAAGCUCUUGAGGAAGAAGGGAAAAGCACUCAUGAAGAAAGCAGGGAAGCCUGUUGGACCACCACAACCCGUAAAAGGCCUGGCUCUGCUCACACAGAAACCAGAGACACCCAAGAUGUUCAAAGCAUUGCUUGGUGGUCAGGGACAAGGUGGCGUUGCUAUGCUCAUCAAGCUGAAGAGAGAGAGAGACGCCCAGGAAGAAAAAGAAAAGGAAGAACAAGAAAGAAAAGAAAAAGAAAAACAGGAGAGGAAAGACAAAGAAGAACGGGAAAGGGCCGAAAAAGAGAAAAAGGGAAAAGCAAAGGCUCAGACUAAGCCAGCAGAAAACAAACCCACACAAGUUCCUGAAGUCAGAGCACCACAAACCCAGGUUGAGCCCUCAGUCCCCAAAGAAGAACCAGCUGCAAAUGAUCAGAUGUCAUCGCUGCCGCCGCCGCCGCCUCCUCCUUCUCCUCCUAAACCAGCUUUGCUCAGAGGAAUCACUAACCAGUCCCUUAUCAUUAGCAUGACUCCUUCCCCCGUACCUGGAGAAGGAGAGCUGCUUAUAGUUGAAGUCAAAGAGAAGAAGCAAUUGUAAACAGUGGGUCCCUAUUGAUGUGCAUUAUAUCCAGGGUUGUAUGUACUGGGCACCCAGUUCAGUUUCUUGUGAAUCUGACUAUUUGUUUUUAAAAAGGAGAGCCCUUCCAAAUUAUCUUUGAAUGUCUAAUGAGUGUGCAACUGCAAAGGCUCCAUCGCUAGUCUCUGUGCAUUCAUUGUAAAGUCAUUCUGAAAAGAGCUCUCUCUGUGUGCAGCGGACUCUCUCUGUUAUGUUUCAGGAUGCUGGAAAAAGAUGGCUCCUGAACACACAAAGAAAGAAAGCUUAUGUGCAUUUUCAGAGCCACCUCAACCCAUGUACUUGGGAAGAGCCUGCCAGCAAUGCCACAUGCACCUACACAUCUCAUGUGUAUUCACAGAAAUCCAAAGAUGGUUUCAAAAGGGUUCAAGUUCCUAGCUUGUCUGGUUGUGAAGAGGUAUUUGGAAAUAUUCAAGCAAAAACCAAUGUAAUGUUAGGACCAGACUACAUGUCCCAUGGAAAUUAGAGAUGAGGUGUGGGGAUAGAUUAGGGACCAUGGCAAA